AUGUCUCGCAACGAGCCAGAUCUGGAUCCGCUCCCGGACGAGCCUCCGCCGCCUUACGAGCCGCUCGAAGCAUCAGCCCACGCCCCGCCAUCUUCCGCUCCACCACCGACCAACACAGCUACCGGCUCGGCAGCUGCAGCGCCUUCUGAUGAUGUCAGCACUGGCGCGGGUGCUGCCAGCGUGGUGUCUACGCAAAGCACGUCGAAUGCCGCAAGUGCGUCGCACAAUCCAUUCCUCGCACCAGAGGAGCAGAGGCCCAGCGUCCACGCCGCUUCUUCCGCGACGGGUAGCUCGACGCAGCCAACAUCCAGCACAAAUCCGUUCUUGAACGCCGUCUCGCCUCAGCCUACAGGCGGAGCAGCGUCUACUAGUGCGGCCGCUUCGUCAACACCUGCACUCCCGCCCAGAACCUAUGCUGCGCCGAGCACGGUAUCGCCUCCAGUGACGCCGAGUGUGGCCGAGCCAAGCCGACCGAGUAUCGAAUCGCAUCACUCGCGGCAUUCGCGGCAUUCGUCCAACGCAACUCCUCUGUCGCCGCCGCUCGCCUCGCCGUCGGUGUACACGCCGCCUGUGGGUCCUCCGCCAUCCUCUUCGUCUUCGUCCAGCCAGCGGCCGAGCAGUGUGCGUCCGAACGACUCGUAUCGCCCCACGACAGUGCCGACUCCGGGGCAGCCGCUGCUGCGGAAGGGCAAGCUGCUCGUGUAUCCGUGCAACUGGCCUGGAUGUCCCAAAUGCCACGAUACGGGGUACAAGCACGGCGACCCGAACAAUGCGCACAAGAGCUGCUGGGACAAGUACGGCAAGACGUACACCUCGGCCAUGAGCUAUUCGGUGGGUCUCAACGACGCCACGAGCAACUUUCAGAAGCCUCUGCCCGUGCUUGCUGGACCACCGAGCAUGCCGCCACGGCCAAGCCAUGGGCAUGUGCCGGGAGGAUACCCGGGUGCGGGUGGUCGACCUCCGCCUCCCGCGCAAGCGUAUGGUGGAUAUGGAGGAUACGCUCCACCCUCGCAUGCACCUGCACCUGUAUCAGCAGCGGCGAGACCACCGCGCACGCCCACUACGCCGACGAUGGAUGCCGAGACGGAGGGAGGACGCAUGUCGGAUGUACCGCCCAACUACCAGGAUGCGAGCAAUGUCUCGUCCAACGAGCGGCUGCCAUCGCAGUACGUGCCUCCACCUAUGCCACCCCCGGGUCAUGCAGGAUCUCCACCCCCACCCCGUCCUCCGCAUGGUCCUCCUCAUGGUCCCCCGCAUGGUGUUCCGGGCGGAUACGGGUAUGGCGCGCAUCCUGGGCCGCCUGGAGGAUUUGUCGGUGGAUUUGCAUCCAAUCCGGGCGGGCCGAAUCCGUACGUGUCGGUGCAGCCUGCGCAGGCGUAUUACGGUGCACGCCCUCCACCGCCUGGAGCGCUGGUGGUGAUGCCUGGCGACCCGCGCAUCGGUGGCCGCCUGUGCUUCGAGUGCGGAGGCCGAGGCAUGACGGAAAGCUUCUGGUUCGGAGACGAGACAUGCUACCGCUGCAGAGGCUCCGGUCGCAUCUUCUAG